UGCAGCCAUGUCAAAGUGGUUGUACGUGUGCGGCCAACUAACGACAAUGAGAAGUGCGAGAACUUCAGGAAUGUGGUCCAAGUUGUGGACAACCACAUGCUAAUAUUUGACCCCAAGGAACAGCAAAUGACAUCUUUCGGGGGACCAAGAGUUCGAAACAGAGAUGUCAACAAGAGAGCCAAUAAGGACCUGAAAUUUGUCUUUGAUAAUGUUUUUGGGGAGGAUUCUUCUCAGGUGGAUAUCUUUGAGAACACCACUAAAAGGAUACUUGAUGGAGUGUUGAAUGGCUUUAACUGUACAGUCUUUGCUUAUGGCGCAACAGGAGCAGGCAAGACACACACCAUGUUGGGCUCAAGCAAUGACCCGGGUGUGAUGUAUCGCACCAUGACGGAGCUCUUCAACCGUAUGGAUCAAGUCAAGGAAGAGAAAAUAUUUGAUGUAGCAUUUUCUUAUCUUGAGGUCUAUAAUGAGCAGAUCCGAGACCUCUUGGCUAAUGUGGGCCCUCUUGCAGUGAGGGAGGACCCCUCGAAAGGAGUGGUUAUCCAAGGCCUUACUCUGCACCAGCCUAAGUCUGCUGAGCACAUCCUUGAAGCUUUGGAUUAUGGCAAUCGGAAUAGAACGCAGCACCCCACUGACAUGAAUGCCACCUCGUCACGGUCCCAUGCUGUAUUUCAGAUUUACUUGAAGCAACAGGACAGGACGGCUAGCCUUAAUCCAAAUGUCCGUGUGGCCAAAAUGAGCCUGAUUGACCUCGCUGGCUCCGAGCGAGCAAGUGCCACUAAUGCAAAGGGAGCACGUCAACGGGAAGGCGCUAACAUCAACCGUUCACUCCUUGCCCUGGGAAAUGUUAUCAACGCUCUGGCUGACCCUAAGCAGAGUAAGAAAGCCCACAUACCAUACAGGGACAGCAAGCUAACACGACUCCUUAAAGAUUCUCUUGGCGGGAACUGCAGGACGGUCAUGAUUGCCAACAUUAGCCCCUCCUCCAAAUCUUAUGACGACACCCACAACACACUGAAAUAUGCCAACAGGGCCAAAGAGAUCAAAUCAUCGCUCAAGAGGAAUGUUGUCAGCUUGGACAGUCACAUCGGCCAGUAUGCAGUGAUAUGUGAGAGGCAGCGAGAAGAGAUCGUUCAAUUGAAGAAGAAGUUGAAAGAAUAUGAGGAGAGGAAGAUGGACCCUCUUGUUCCUGGAGGCUCUAAUACCAUUAAUACCAUCUCCAGUCAGAACCAAACAGAGAUUCACAAGGUGUCAGAGUCCCUACAGAGCAUUUUCUCCAGCCGUACUCAGAUCAGGAGGGAGCACCUUGUUCUGGAGCGCCAGCUGAAGGAGAACGAGUUACGUCAGCGCCACAGCGAGGAGUGCAACCAGCAGGCCCAACUCUUCAGUGCCAAAGACAAGACUGAGAAGGCCACCUGCAAGCACGAGCGCAAGCUGGCUUCCCUGCUCACACAGCAGCAGCACAUCCGCAAGAGGCUGGAGGAGGCUGAGCUGCGCUUCCUUGAGAACAACGGCUGGCUGCACCGCGUGGAGAAUGACAUGAAGCUACUGGGACAGGACUCCCAGCCACCAGUGGUACUCCAGAAGGACCUUCGCUGCCACAGGCUCCAGCUACAGGUAGAGGACCUCAAGCAGCACAUUGAGCAAAUGACCCACCUCAUCGGCAUCCAGGACCAGGAGAACAAACAGACUAAAAAAAUGGUGGACAUGCUGCUGCCUGCCUACAGCAGACAGUACUGGACGCUGAGGGGGUCGGGCCUGGUCACAGCUGCCGACGAGGCUGAGAACCAGGACCUGGAGCACCUGGUCCUCAGGGAGAGGGGUGUGGUGUGGGCCGAUCAGGAGAAGGCCGGGGAGCAGAAGGACGAGGAGACCCAGGCUGAGGGUUCCAGGCUUAGGCCAGAGCUCGUACCUAUCCUGUCAUUUUCACACCUCAUCUGUCCCCAUCAAAACAGUCCCUGCAGUAGUGCUGAGAAACAUAAGAGGAGAGUCUCGCUGCGCCUUCAACCCAAUUCAUCAUCGAAAGGCCAAGCGGCCCAGGUGACAGUGAUGGAACCAAUUCCCAAGAAACCUACCAGGAGGAAGCUGGCAGUGUCUCCACCAAACCCUGGGAGUGUUGUCUCCGCCUCAGCGCAGGUUCCCAUGGUCCUCCAGGAGGUUUUAAGACAGGAGGGGAUGUUUCCACUGCUCUACACUCCAGAGGCCAGCAGUACACUCAACAGGCCUUCACUCCUGCCUCUCCAGCACUCUGCAGUCAAUGACCCCAACAUGACAUUUGACAUUGAAGAUGGAGACAAUGAAGCAGCUCUUGCCAACGCUACCGCCAUCCUUUACCAAUGUAGCCCCAAUCAUCAGGCUGAGACUUUGUGCCCCUUGAGUCCAAGCCAACAGCAGGCUCCCCGAGCCAAUGACAUGAGCAAACCCCCCAAAAGACUGGAGAUACCAUCUCUGUUAGACAUCCGACGUGGCAAGACCUACAUGGCCAUGACUUCGGCUGCGCAGGGCAAACGCAAAAUAAACUGCAGCAGCAGAGAGCAGGAAAUGAUUUCAGCACCCAAGCGCAUAAAGCAGGACCCCACAGUAGUAGCAAGCAGACCACUAAGAGUGCGUCGUUUAGCUGGGUCAGAGGAGAACGAGCCCAGAAGAGUUAUGAGGAGUGUUUCUGAGGGGAAUCUCCACCUCAUGGAUGUUCAGAGGAAAAAGUCCAUAUUCUAUAAAACCUCCCAGAAAUUCAAGAGUGUGACAAAGAGGAUGUGAGACCUGCUUUUGACCAGAUGUUGCUGAUGUCGUGUAGAUAUUGGGGAAUUGUGUGUAGCUAUGGAGAGAGAAAUUAAGUCCUAUGGAUUGCUUGAAUUGUGUAUGAUUUUGAAGUUGUUCUUAGUUUUAUUUUUGGUUGUAGAAUUAAUGUUUUUACAUUAUUUCCUACAUUAACAUUUGUUGUACCAAUAAUUUGUUAUUUAGUAAUAAAAUGUUUAACUACUAAUGUG